AUGGCUCAAAACAAUAAACAGGCACUUAACGUCAAAGAUGCUCUCUCAUAUCUUGAUCAAGUUAAAGUGCAAUUUUCUGAACAACCUGAGGUCUAUAACCAUUUUUUAGAUAUUAUGAAAGACUUUAAAAGCCAGGCAAUAGAUACUCCAGGCGUGAUAAACCGAGUCUCCUCACUAUUUAAGGGACAUCCAACUUUGAUUCAAGGCUUCAAUACCUUUCUGCCACCAGGUUAUCACAUUGAGUGGUCAACCAAUCCACACGAACCAGAUUCAAUCCGUGUUACUACUCCAAACGGGACGACAACUACUCCAAUAGGUCCUAUAGACUGUCAGGCCUCUCCACUAAAUUCUGUACCUAGUAUUUCUAAUACAUAUUAUCAAAACUCCGUUUAUCCACAUCAACCACCUCCUUCACUUAUGCCAAGUCCAAGUUUAUCCCCACAUCCGCCAAGUUCUCUACCACCUCAAGUAACCCAAUUUCAUAUUGGUUCUCCACAACAAUCUGUAGGACUAACAGUGGCUCAGCAAGCUAUUGCACAGGCAGUUCAAUCAGUAGGUGUUGGCGUAGCAGGUGGCACCUCUCCUCAACAACAAGGGAAAAAAGCACCCGUCGAAUUCAAUCAUGCCAUCAAUUAUGUAAAUAAAAUUAAGAAUCGAUUUUCGACUGAACCGGAUACUUACAAGCAGUUUUUGGAGAUUUUACAAACUUACCAAAAAGAACAGAAACCAAUUCAGGAGGUUUAUUCACAAGUUCAAGUGCUUUUUAAAAGUGCUCCAGAUCUAUUAGACGAAUUUAAGCAAUUCCUUCCCGAUAAUUCUGGAAAUGUUGCUUCGGGUGGACUGGGUGGACUGUUUGGACCUCUUCAAAAUCAUAAUGCACCGAAACAAUCUCAUGUAUUCUCAAUCGCGAAUAAUAAUUCUGCUCAUGGAACUCAAAGAAUUUCUUCUGUUGGUAAUUUCCAAUCUCAAUCCGCAUCUAUAUCAGUACAAAAUGAUGCAUACAAAAAAAUUUCAGGAUCAAUCAAUUUGUUAUCCAAUUCUGCAACUGCAGGUUCAUCGAAUAUUAACAAAAAGAAAAGGUCUGCUCUUCCCGCUUCAGAUCGGAGUCCGAACAUUUCAAGCAAGUCUAAGAAAUCUAAGACGUCUCACAAGCCCUCCGGCGAACAGUCUCAUUCCGGAUCAUCAAUUGCCUUAAGACAAGAACAAAUGAAGAUUUUAGAACCUCAACCACUUGCUUCAUCUGAAGAAUUAGAAUUCUUCGAGAAAGCAAAAAGGCAUAUUUCGAAUAAACAUAGCUACAAUGAAUUUUUAAAGUUGCUUAAUCUUUAUAGUCAACAGAUUUUGGAUGGCAAAGAUUUUCUUAGAUUAAUAGCUCCGUAUUUAGGUGGACCAAAUUCUGAAUUAUUUGCUUGGUUAAAACAAUUCUUAAAAUUAAAUGAAAGAGAUGAAAUAGUUCAAAAUAUGGCCAAUUCUAGACCACGUGUCGAUCUUGAAGGGUGUAUUUCACAUGGACCAAGUUAUCGAAAGUUACCUGAUUCAGAAUCCAAUGCGCGCUGCUCUGGAAGAGAUGAUUUAUGUAAUUCAGUACUUAACGAUCAAUGGGUAUCUCAUCCAACAUGGGCAAGUGAAGAGGCAGGAUUUGUAUCUCAUAAGAAAAACCAAUUCGAGGAAGCAUUGCAUAAAUGUGAAGAAGAAAGAUACGAAUAUGAUAUGUUCAUCGAAUCGGUAUUACACACAAUUAAUUUGCUAGAACCGGUUGAAAAGAAAAUAAAUACUAAAUUAUUAAAUCCUGAGGAUCGAGCUAAAUUUAAAGUUGAUAAUGGUCUAGGAGGAAAUUCAAUGAUUUAUAAUCGUGUCAUAAAGAAAUUGUAUGAUGUUGACAAAGGUCCCGAAAUCAUUGACGCUUUACACAAUAAUCCAUGUGCAGCUGUUCCUGUCGUAUUGAGACGGCUUAGACAGAAAGCAGAGGAAUGGAAACGGUCAAGAAACGAUGAUAAAAAGGCUAUAACUCCAAAACAUUUGGUUGCUGAAAUUGAGAAUCUUCGUCGCGAACCUUCUGAUGAUGGGGAGUCAUCUGAAUACCAAUUCAAAUUCUUUUUUAAAGAUUUAGAUGUGUUUAAGGAUGUCGCUCAAAUUAUCUUUAGGUAUAUAGAUCAUUCUGGAACGGUUACACCAAAUGACCGAGAAAAAAUAGAGAAAUUCUGGAAAACUUUCGUUACUAGUUUUUUUGAACUUCCGACAACUUAUUUCGAUGGAUUAAGUCAUGAAGAACCCACAACUGCUAUGGAAAGUGAAGAUGCGACAACUUUGACAAAUGAUAAUAUGGAUUGUGAACCCUUAUUAGCGGAACCAAUAAGUGGAAAAUGGAUUCAGAUGUCUAAAGAGUCUAGAGAAAGCAUAAGAGCUGUUGUCGCUAAUGCAGGAAAUUCUAGACAGAAAAGGAAAUCGACUUGUUAUUUCUUUGGAAACAAUUGUUUUUAUUGUUUCUUUAGGUUUUUACAGAUGUUAUUCAAUCGUCUUGAGUCGAUGAAAGAAGCAGCUACAGAUAUAACAUCAUCAACAACUUCUCAUACAAGAAUGCCAAAUGGUGCUGCAACUAACUUAGGUCUUUUACCUGAGCGAACUGAAAGUAAGUCUGAAAUCGACGUUGAUAUUGAUCUUAACAAAGCAGAUCCAUAUUCAGUGAUGCUUGAAUUAAUUGAAAAACAAUUUGAGGGAGAUCUUGAACUUUCAACGUUCGAGGAAUGUCUCCGAUAUAUAUACGGGACAAAAGCUUAUAUCAUGUUUACUGUGGAUAAACUUGUUCAAAAUAUGGUUAAACAGUUGCAAUUGUUAGUUUCAGAUGCCAAAUCAACUUCAUUAAUUAAUCUAUUCGAAGAAAACAAAAGACAACAGGAUCAAUCGAGUGUUCGUUCUCAUAUAAUGUACCAAUUGCAUGCAAACAAUAUAAUUGGCUAUGAUGAACCUACUUAUCGAAUAGAUUAUUACAAGGAAGAACAAGCAAUGACAAUUUUACUAGCAGGGCGAGAUUAUCCAUUAGGAGGUCCUGUCUCAUCAGAAGAAAAAUGGGCAUAUUACAUGUAUAGUUAUAUGUCAUUGAAUCCUACAGAAGGAGUUUCAUCUAGAUCUGAAAAACCAUUCCUUAAAAGAAAUCUUCCAUCUGUAGACAUUUCAGAACAAAUCAUGUCCAACCUUAUUACUCGUAAUAGUUUGGAGAUUAAGAUUUGCAUUAAUUCUUACCAUGUGUUUUUCGUGAGCAAUACAGAGGAUAGUUUUAGAAGAAUACAAUCUGCCGUACCUGCAGAGAAAUUAAAGGAAGAUACUGAACAACGCAAGGAAAUCUGGACUCGAUGGUAUAAUUCACAAACUUCUGAUGAAAUGACAAUGUAA